AUGCUGACCGUAUGUUCGAAAAUGUUUUGGGUGACGGGUAUGGUGUCCACUUACCCUGGGACUUCCAGUGAUGAAGAGCCGAAGGCUGGCUCUCAUCCGGCGCCGACAGUCAGAUCCUGUAGCCGGCCAUCAGACACACUGACAAACAGGGUUCGCCCUCAGUCUUUCAGUUACUUCGACUACGUAGUCGUAGCGGCGUUGAUUUGUGGCAAGGCGUUCAGCCGACCGUGGCUGUUGCAGGGACACACUCGAUCUCACACCGGACAAAAGCCAUUCGGAUGUGCUCACUGUGGCAAAGCGUUCGCCGACCGUAGCAACCUUCGGGCUCACAUCCAAACGCACAACAGCCUGAAACGUCACAGGUGCUCGCGCUGCAGCAAGAGCUUCGCGUUAAAGAGCUAUAUGACCAAGCACUUGGAGUCGACGACCUGUUCCAAAGCGAACUGA